AUUUUUUCAGACAUUCAAACUCAUUAGACUCGAGCACCAGUUCAAGCCCUGGCGGGUCAUGGCUUCGGUCAUAUGGGCUCAGAGAGAACAGGUCUAUAUCACCACUUAUUGCUCAUUCCUGGCACUCGUGUUCACAUCAUUUCUCAUAUAUUUUGUGGAAAAGGAUGCGAACCCUAUGUUUAGUAAUCUGGGACAGGGUUUGUGGUAUACGGUGUGCACUCUCACCACUAUUGGUUACGGCGAUAUAUACCCGAUCACAUGGUUUGGUAAAGUGUUGUCCAGUGUUUGUAUAAUAAUAGGCGUAUCGGUGUUCGCACUGCCGGCCGGCAUAUUG